AUGAAGAAGAACAUUGCGAAAUUCGUGGCUCAAUGUCCAAAUUGUCAACAAGUAAAAGUGGAGCACCAAAAGCCUGGAGGUUAUAUGCAGUGUAUAGAACUUCCAAUUUGGAAGUGGGACAUGAUCAACAUGGAUUUUGUCACUUGUUUGCCUCGCUCAUUUCGGAUGUUUGAUUCCAUAUGGGUAAUAGUUGACAUACUCACCAUAUCAGCACACUUCUUGCUGAUGAAGACUACUUAUACAGUUGAGGAGUAUGCAAGGUUGUAUAUUAAAGAGAUAGUUCGGCUACAUGGAGUGCCAAUCUCUAUUAUAUCAGAGAGGGGAGCUCAAUUCACUGCAAAUUUUUGGAAGUUAUUUCAGAAGAGUUUGGGAACACAAGUGAAACUGCCUUAUUUAGGCCAGACCUUGUUCAUCAAGCUAUGGAAAAAGUCAAAGUGA